AUGCAGUUCCUCCAAAGGAGGUUGGCCGCCCUCCUAGCGCUUACUUACAGUCUUAUCCUCCCAGUAAUAGCCAGCGGACAGGCCCAAGCGAUUGGAAUCGAUUUCGGCCCCGAAGUCAUAACGGCCGCAUAUGCGCACGCAUCUGAUAAUGUCUCGAUUAUUGCCAAAAUUAUUCCCAGACAGAAUGACACGUAUGGUAUCUACAUGCGUCACCUUCGUCAGGAAGCCUACGUACAGAACAAUGUAGCGGCCAUGUAUGGCGAGAAAGCUGGGCUGAUCUCACGCCUUGCUGAAGCCGUGGCGGCGGGAGUGAAGCUGGCUGUUUCUAGGGUUCAUGAUCUGGUGCCACUAUCUGUUCAACAAAGCAUUUUCGGGUCAGAGGUUUUUCAAGCAGCGUCGGGAGUCAUAAAGACCACAUUUCAUGCUAUGAUAUCAUUUCUCGGAGUCAACUACUACCCUUCGUCGUCAACAACGCCAACGUUAGGCGACAUCAAGGCUGAGUUUGUUUCCGUCCUCACUGAGCUCAAAGCCCAAGCACAGAAUAACCACGAUAUCGACAUUGGAUCCGCAACAGUCGCUAUCCCCCAGUUUUUUAACAGCACUCUAGCCGGCCUCGUGUGGACAGCAUGCUGGGAAGCCGAAAUCAGCCUCCCGCGCGGACCGCAGGACCGGACAGUCCUCGCCACGUUCAAUCAAAGCCAGGAGACCCAGAUUGACAAUCCCGACAUCCGAUACCUAGUUCUGGACCUGGGGGAAUUCUACCUGGAUUCACGAACGUAUAAUACUGACAAACGCGCCGGUAUGAGAGAGGGAUACCUCCCUAUGGAUCAGUGGGGCACUGAGUCGAUUGACCGGUAUUUGACCAGGCGGUUGGUUAAGGGCUCUGAAGCGCUGAGGUUUCAGAUUUCCCUCGGAGCGCGAGAGAGCGAUCUUUGGGAGCGGGUGAAGCAGGCUCGUUUGAUAAAGCGGAACCACGCAGAGAACCAGACCAGCGAAAAUUACAAAUAUCAGGAUGAAUGGCCGCUUGAUUUAAGCGGUUGGGGGUAUCAGGAGUUUGAGGAGGUCAAGGCCGUGCUUACGUGGAAGGAUAUUCGUGUUGUUGAGAAAAAUUACGUGGAGAGCCUGGCAGACAACAUCGUGGCUCAUUUGACUGCAUUGAGAGGCUAG